GAAGUUCCCUGAUUUUCUAUGGAGAAACCUUGGGGAGCUGCUGAAUAUAAUCCUGCCUCGACUGCACUGGUGAAGCACCACAUUGAAGAGAUUCAAAUACAUCUCAAGUCAUUGAGGUCUUUUUUCGAGAAUGUUUCAGAGUUGGACAUUGAGGAGCAUCCAGAGCUAGAAGAUCUUGUUGAUCAAGUCACUGAUUCAGCAUAUAAAGUGGAGAACGUAGUUGAUUCAUUUGAGGUUGAUGGUCAAUGGCAGGAUUUCUUCUGGUUGGACAAUGUGCUGGAGGAGUUCAGACUUCUUAGCAUGAAAGCCAGGGGAAUUCGUUUGACAACCCCUGAUGCGGAAGUCCAAGCUUCCAAGAAAGUCACCCAAUAUAUAUUUGAGAGGUUAUCAAGAAACAGUACACCAGCGAUCCAGGAAAUUGUGGUGGAUCUCAGCAACAGAGAAAAAGAAACUAAGAAGAAGAGCUUUGAAGAUGCAGCCAAGGAUUUCUUGAUGGAUUUGAUUGACAGAAGCUUGGUGAUAAUCUCCAGAAGAAGAUCCAACAGCAGGGUUAGAGCUUGUCCCCUCCAUGAUCUUGUCCUUGAUUUCUGUAAGUCUAAAACCCAAGAUAGAACUUCUUUCAGCUGAUAACCAGUUGGAGGCUAUCUGAAAACCACUCUACAAUCAAUAGCCAGCCUCAGGAAACUGGAAACUCUUAUUGUGAAGGGAUUAAUUCGUAAGAUCAUCUUACCAAAUACUAUUUGGCGCAUCACAAGUUUAAGGUAUCUUCAUGUAACCCUCCACGUUUCUUUCAACUCAGAUGAUGAACAGUUUGGUGAUUGCUUCGUAUUAGAAUAUUUGGGCAGCUUUUCCAGCCCAUCUCUUUCUUGUGGUGAGGAUGCAGAGAGGAUAAUAGAGAAGCUUCCAAAUCUUUGCAAACUUAGUUGCAUAUUCUAUGAUUCUUCCUCGAAUUGCAAUCAGUUUCCAAGAUUGAACUUUCUAACUCAUCUAGAGUCACUCAAGAUAUUCUGCUAUGGGAACCUCUUAACAAUGGCGAGUUCAAUCUCCCAUUGAAUCUAAAGAAAUUGACUUUAUCAAACUCUGUCCUUCCAUGGAGUCACAUCUCCACAAUCGGGAAAAUACCAAACCUGGAAGUUCUCAAGUUACUUUCUGGUGCCUUUGAGGGCAAAAUAUGGGAUGUGGAAGAAGAGUUUCAGAAACUCAAGUUCUUGAGCUUAUACAAACUGAACAUUCCUCAAUGGAAAGCCUCUUCUGAUGAUUUCCCCAAGAUUGAAAGACUCAUCUUACAAAAUUGAAAAGACCUUGAAAAACUUCCGGAGGAUUUUGUGAACAUAUACACAUUGGAGAUGAUUGAAGUGCAUUGGUGAGGAGAAUCUGCAGAAAAGUCAGCAAUUAAGAUUGGGGAAGAAAAUAGGGAAAUCAAAGUCCUUGUUAAGAGUUUACACUUGAGAUGAUGGGCAUGAUUUGGAUCAAGUUACUUUAUCCUUCCUCUGAUCAUUUGUAAGUCUAUUUAAUCAAAUUUCAUCAGCUUAUCCAUUUCUUCAAUUCAUUUCUAA